AUGGUUUCCAUCACCAGCAUCGUCUUGCUUGCCACCAGCAGCUUCGCAGCCGCCGCAUCUGUGCCUCUCGAAGUCCGCGCCUCCUCAAUCUCAAACAGCAUGCUUUACGCCUACGGAGCCACGCCUGAUGCCGGAAUCGGCGGCGUCCGCUUGACUUACGGAGACGGCACGGCCUACGUCGGCAACACCCCUCCUUCGAACGUUUCGGUUGCGUCCAACAUUACCUUCUCGCACGACACCACCUCGGGCCCGGUCCAAAUCAGCCCCAACUCGUCCGACGUCAGCUUCAACUCGACCCAGUACUUCUUCAUCAACACCGACGACAGCGCCUUCGACAGCGUGCAGAUCAGCAACUCGGCGCCGUCCGACGGCUACACCGACACCGGCUUCAUCUUCUACGGCAACUGGCUCUUCUGGAAGUCCGACUCGGGCGAUCUGCAGUCCAAGUUCUACGCUACUCCGUCGGGCGAGGACGGCAUCUGGACCCUGAAGUGGAACGCCGCCGGUUCGGACGACGGCACCAGCGUGCCCAUCUCGCUGAGGACUCAGGCCCCGCCUGACAACAAGAGGGCUUAA